CUUCAACCAAGCACCAAGUUCAAAACUCAAACCCCCCAAAAUGAAACUGUUCAUUGUUGGUCUGGCUCUGUUUGCCGUGGCGUUCGCCCAGGAUGCCGAGGUGGAAACCUUGGAGGAAAUCGGAGAGAAGUACACCACCAAGUUCGACAAGAUCGACCUGGAUGACAUCCUGAAGUCGGAUCGCCUGUUCAAGAACUACUACAACUGCCUGAUGGAGGAGGGACCUUGCACCCCGGAGGGUAACUACCUGAAGCGUGUCCUGCCGGAAGCCCUGGAGAACAGCUGCAACAAGUGUAGCGAGAAGCAGCAGAAGGACAGCGUCAAGGCCAUCAAGUACCUGACCGAGAACCGCUCCGAAGCCUGGAAGGUGCUGAAGGCCAAGUACGACCCGGAGAACAAGUACGUCGAGAAGUACCUGACCGACGCCGAUGCCGAGGGAAUCAAGCUGUAAACAUCUGACCUUAUGUACGUCUCGUUAUACUCACGAUAUGGAACCCUCCUCUACACAACGCUUUCGAUACUCAAUGUAGUUGACGGCUCUGCAGUGCAGAGCAGCAGUGAUUACGAAU